UAUAACAAGGCCAACAUACUCAUUCAGUGGAAAAUAUUUACCCAUCCACUCUCCUUUCUCAGCCAUUCCACUAUUUCUUCCGAAGUCAAUUAACUAACCUCUGCCAUGUCCUAAAUCUAGUAAAUGAAACUGUGAUGAGGCCGCACAAAUAUUUCUGCUAUGUCCCAUCUUGGUGUAAGUGAUUUCAUCUCUUAUUGGGAAGAUGCUUUGCAAUUUUGUUCUCAGUGUGUCCACAGGCAAACUUUAAGACAAUCACACAAACACACACUCAUGUUACUGCACACAAUGGACCAGGGAGCACCUCUGAAGGAAAUCUCAAUAGACAUGGAGAUAAAUGAGGAGGAGGAGGAGGUGUCUUCACUCUUGGAUCAGCGUGAAAUUAAUCCAAAUGAUGCUCCUGGUGUUACAGAAGCGCAUACAAAGGGACAGGAUUCAUCGGCUCCUCACAGUAACACAAAGGCUCUCAUAAAGGACAGGGACCCAAAGGGAAUCAACAAGUGUCUUAAGGUGACCUUUGAGGAUGUGCUAGCGGAGCCUGCUUCAGUGAGAAGCUUUGAUAAGGUGUGGCUGUGGAGUCAUGCUCUGUUUGAAGUGUCCCGACUCUGGUUUUACCGCAUCGUUUCUCUGCUGCUCGCGGUGCCCGUGGCUCUGGCUGCAGGCCUUCUCUUUGCCGUCCUCAGCUGUCUACAUAUCUGGCUGAUAGUUCCAAGUGUGCAGCUCUUGGUCAUAAACCUGCACUGGAUAAAGGUGGUCUGGUAUAAUGUGCUGAAGAUUGCAAUCUCCCCCUUCUUCAGAAGUUUUGGAAAGUGCUGUGGAUUCAUCAGAAUCAGUCUGAAAAAAUGUUAAUCGCAUUUCAGAACUAAGGAAUCAGCUUUGAAAGGCAAGGGAAUUCUGAAAAUGAAAUAAAGUGCAUAUACAUGUAAAUGUCUCUUCAGUUGCAUUUGAUUUUAGAUAUGCAGUUGCAGCUUUUUUGUAACCUGCCUGUUUAAAUUGAGGUGUUUUUCUCGUUUCGUUAUUUUUCAUCAUACCGAUGUGCGGUCUGGAGUACCCAAUCUUUAUAAAUAAAGGUGUACUGUUCACUUGUA